AUGAAGCAGAAUCUGGUGUGUCAGACACCUCCCACCGUCACUGUCCGCGUUAAAUCCAGUGCAUCCAGAUCACAUCAGCAAAAACACCUUAUUCGACUGAAGUGGCCUUCUCUUAAAGACCAUGAAGAAAAACGUGAAAAAAAGGCUUCUACUCGUAAAGAUAAAUGUCCCAAGGGACCAUGUCUGGUUAUUCAGCGCCAGGAAAUGACAGCUUUCUUUAAAUUAUUUGAUGAUGACCUAAUCCAAGACUUCCUUUGGAUGGACUGUUGCUGUAAAAUUGCAGACAAGUAUCUCUUGGCAAUGACUUUCGUUUAUUUCAAGAGGGCUAACUUCACAAUAAAUGAGCACACCAGAAUCAAUUUCUUUGUUGCUCUGUAUCUGGCAAAUACAGUUGAAGAAGAUGAUGAAGAAUCAAAGUAUGACAUUUUCCCAUGGGCUUUGGGAAAAGCCUGGAGAAAGCUCUUCCCUGAUUUCUUAAAGUUAAAAGAUGAACUGUGGAGUAGAAUUGACUACAGGGCUAUUGUAAGCAGACGCUGCUGUGAAGAGGUGAUGGCUAUUGCUCCAACACAUUACGCGUGGCAGCGAGAGCGUUCCAUACAUCACAGCGGAGCUGUGAGAAACUACAAUGACGAUGAAGCACAGCUGCCCCGAGGACCUAGUGCUACUCCUGCAGACUGCCUGCUUUGUGGUAAGAAAGGAAGAUUUGUACGGCUAGGAUUAUCAUCAUCUUCCUCCUCAGCUACUGACACUUUGGAGAUGAUGGAAUUACAUUCAUCCCAGAAUCUGAAGGACACCGCUGCAACUGAAAAAAUGCUCUUUGACUCUCCUUCAAAUUACACCCAAGACUGUCAGAGCCUGUCCAGCAAAAGGAGACCAGGUAGCACCUGGAAGCAAGACAAAUCCAUGGAGUGGUUUACAAGCAAUGAAGAAUGA